AUGUCUCUCAACAGCAGCAAAAAGCCCGUCAUCGCGGUUGUGGGCGCUGGACCCGGUAUUGGCGAAGCCGUGGCCCGCCGCUUCAAUGCAGAAGGAUUCGUCGUUGCACUUCUUGCCCGUACCGAGGAGAAGCUUCGGACUAUGGCCCAGGGAAUCGACUCGGAUUAUGGCAAGAAUACGGCAAAAUACUAUAUCACGGAUUUGAGGGUCGAGGAGUCUGUCAUUUCCAGCUUCAAGAAGAUACGUGAAGAGCUAGGCCCUGUUCAAGUCCUGGUGUACAAUGCCGGUGCUCGCCGAGUCAACGGCCGAAAGAUACUGGAUACUACGUCCGAGGAGUUCGAGAAUUUCACCAAGAUCAACCUUUUCGGUGCUUUCUGGUCUACGAAGUGUGUCCUACCCGAUAUGUUGGCGGCUGAGAAAGGCACGAUCUUCUUCACUGGGGCCACAGGGGCACUUCGGGGAGCACCUGGACUGUCGAGCUUCUCGCCUGGCAAAUUUGGUCUGCGAGCGCUGUGUCAGAUCAUCACGAGGGAAUACCAGCCGCAAGGUAUCCAUGCAGCAUUCAUCGUUGUCGACAGUCCUGUGGAUGGGAAGCUCAUUGGCGGCGUACGACGGAGGCAGUGGGAGCGGGAGGGGGCAAAGGAGAAACUGGAGGACCUUGAUGCAUAUCUGUUGCAGCCAGCAGAUCUUGCCCAGACUUAUUGGUUUCUGCAUACGCAGCCACAGAGUGCGUGGAGUCAUGAGAUUGACGUGCGUCCGCAGAAGGAGGGAAUGUACAGCAGGCUGUGA